CGCGCAGAUCACUAGACGAAAGCGCCAGGUGCGUGUGUAUGUGUGUGCUGCUCGACGUGGACGUAGAAGCGAAAGAAACAGAUGUCACUUACGAGUACGAGGUUCGUUCUUCUAGCCGUGUUGCUUAGGGGAAGUGCCUACGUUGACGCAUCACAUAGCACGGUUGCGCCUGACGGGUGCGACGUGACGACAAGUGACGACUUGGUACAGAAAUGCAAGAAACUGAAACAAGCCACGAUCGGCAUGAGUUAUAUGUUAGGCUUGUUGCGUGGUGAAUGGGUACUCGCAGGAGCGUCCUCCCUCGUCUCCGAGUCGGAGAAGCAAGCGGCGCUGGAUUACAUAGGCAAUUGUACUUCUCCAGUUGUUGGCCCUGUUCCGGAACACAUUCUUCUUAUGAAAUGGAACAGCGAUGGAAAUUACAUAUAUCCAGGUACAAAAUGGUGCGGCGCUGGAAAUAUAUCCAUAGAAGGUGACCAGUAUGGAAGUGCCAAUGUGACAGACAAGUGCUGCGAAGAGCAUGAUAGAGCCAAGGAUUACAUAUUAGAGUCGGAAACACACCCUAACCAUACAGAACUGGUAAACCCCAAAUCAUAUACCGUAACCAACUGCGCGGAUGAUAUAAAGCUCUUCAACUGCUUGUUGGAAGACAAUUCCACAGACUCAUAUCAGUUUGGCCAAGCUUUUUUUGACGCCCUUGGAGUUCCUUGCUUUGCUUACACUCUCAAAGUAAGCUGCACCAGCUAUUCAUGGUGGUCAUCUAUGCAACAGUGUGAAGUUAAAGCAAAUGAGACAGAAAAAAAGUGGCAAUUCCUCGAUCCUCCGAAUUUCUACGCUGCAUUUACGAAGAAAUGGUACCCUGACAAGGAAAUAACCACCAAAGAUGAGGAAGGCAAGGUGACGUGGAGGGAACUGUGCGAGAAGGAUCCGGGCAUGGGAUGCCACAAUUGUGAUUUUCUCAAGUAGAACAGAAGUGAAAUUACUGAUGUGCUUGAGGAAGCACCGUUUUAAAUGAAUGUAUCUCAGUGAAAUAAAGUUCGCAUUUUAAAACAC